CCCCGGCGGCUCGGCGGCGGAGCGAGGCGACAGCUCAGGCCGCCGCGAGUGACAGGCGGCCGGCCGACGGGGCCGGGGCGGGGCAGCGGGGCCCGCGAGCGAGCGAGCGCGCGGGAGGCCUGGCCCCGCCCCUGCCCGCCCUGCCCGGUGACCUUCAGGGCUCGGGUGGCGGCGGCGGCGGCGGCGCGAUGUUCGUGCAGGAGGAGAAGAUCUUCGCGGGCAAGGUGCUGCGGCUGCACAUCUGCGCGUCCGACGGCGCCGAGUGGCUGGAGGAGGCGACCGAGGACACCUCCGUGGAGCAGCUCAAGGAGCGCUGCCUCAAGCAGUGUGCUCAUGGGAGCUUAGAAGACCCCAAGAGUGUCACCCACCACAAGCUCAUCCAUGCUGCUUCCGAGAGGGUGCUGAGUGACGCCAAGACCAUCGCCGAGGAGAACGUCCAGGACCACGAUGUCCUGCUGUUGGUGAAAAGGCGCGCGCCGUCUCCGCUUCCUAAGAUGGCCGACGUCUCCGCCGAGGAAAAGAAGAAACAAGACCAGAAAGCCCCCGACAGAGACGCGAUCGCCCGAGCCACGGCUGGCCUGCCCUCCUGCAACAUGGACCGGGCUGUGGUGCAGACCAGCCUCCGAGACUUCCAGACGGAGCUCCGGAAGAUCCUGCUGUCCCUCAUCGAGGUGGCGCAGAAGCUGCUGGCGCUGAGCCCCGGCGCCGUGGAGCUAUUUACGAAGGCCAAUGCGAUGCUGGACGAGGACGAGGAGGAGCGGGUGGACGAGACGGCCCUGCGGCAGCUCACGGAGAUGGGCUUCCCCGAGAGCAGGGCCGUGAAGGCGCUUCGGCUGAACCACAUGUCGGUUCCUCAAGCCAUGGAGUGGCUGAUUGAGCACGCGGACGACCCCGCCAUAGACACGCCGCUUCCAGGACACACCUCGCCGGGUACUGCGGGCGCUGAAGCUUCGGCCGAGGCUGCUGCCGGCUCCAGCGAGGACGACGAGGAGGCCAAAGACGAGCUCACAGAAAUCUUCAAGAAGAUCCGAAGGAAAAGGGCAUUUCGGGCUGACGCUCGGGCCGUCAUUUCCCUCAUGGAGAUGGGCUUCGAUGAGAAGGAGGUGAUGGACGCCCUGAGAGUGAGCAACAACCAGCAGAGCGCUGCCUGCGAGUGGCUGCUGGGGGACCGGAAGCCCUCCCCCGAGGAGCUGGACAAGGGCAUCGACCCCAACAGCCCCCUCUUCCAAGCCAUCCUGGAUAACCCCGUUGUGCAGCUGGGCCUCACCAACCCCAAAACACUACUAGCGUUUGAAGACAUGCUCGAGAACCCCCUGAACAGCACCCAGUGGAUGAAUGACCCAGAGACGGGGCCGGUCAUGCUGCAGAUCUCCCGGAUCUUCCAGACCAUGAACCGCACGUAGGCGGCACCUGCACUCACCACAGCCCAGCAGCCCCCGGGGAGGGCCCUUUGAAUUCUCAGCCAGCUGUGGACAGUGUGGAGACCCUGGCUCCGCGGGCUGAGAGGGGUGGGGGCCAGGGCUGGAGGGGAUAUUCUGCCCCGCCCCCACCCCAACCCUUCCCCCGCGCCCAGCCCUGAUUGUGCUGCUUUGACCUCACUGCUUAGAUGCUCUGUUCCUGGUGUGCCAGGUGCAGCCCAGCCCCCACAGUGUUUACAGACGUGGCUGUGUGGGAGGUGCGCCCCCAGAGCCCCCCCAGGUCCCUGAAACAUUACUUGAAUGGCCCGUGGACGCGGCUCUUCUGUCACCUACCAUUGGGAGGUCGCAUGUUCCAGCCCAGUGUUAGCACAGGCACUAGGUCAGGCAGAGGGUCAGGGCGACUUCCUUCCGUGAAUAAACCCCCUCCGGCCUUC